CCUGGCUGAGCCACCCCAGCCCCUCUGUACCCCGGCUUCUCUGUGACGGCACGUAUGGGGAGUUGCGUGCGCACGGCCCGGCGGGCAGCGGGUUCCAGGUGAAUGCUGACCACCGCAGUCUGGGAGCAGGGCCCCGGGCUCCAGACCCCCACUGCCUGGGCUGGGCAGGUGUAUGUGCGUGGAGUCCCCGGUGGGGACCCGACGGGGACAGCCCCUCCCCUGGCUCCCAGCACGCAUGCCUGCCUGCGCUCCCGGCCACCUGCCGCCCCCCUCUCCUCCCUGACUGAGCCCUCUGACCUGCCCGCAGGUCCCCCGAGGAUGGCGGACAAGGUGGUUGCAAGGCAGGUGGCCCGGCUGGGCCGCACUGUGCGGCUGCAGUGCCCCGUGGAGGGCGACCCGCCGCCACUGACCAUGUGGACCAAGGACGGCCGCACGAUCCAUGGCGGCUGGAGCCGCUUCCGCGUGCUGCCCCAGGGCCUGAAGGUGAAGGAGGUGGAGCGGGAAGACGCCGGCGCCUACGUGUGCAAGGCUACCAACGGCUUUGGCAGUCUCAGCGUCAACUACACCCUCAUCGUGAUGGAUGACCCUGGUGUGGGAAGGGAGCGUCUGGGGCAGGACGGCUCCUCUGGGGGCCGGGAGGACGCAGCCAGCAAGCAGUGGGCGCGGCCCCGUUUCACACAGCCCUCCAAGAUGAGGCGCCGGGUGAUCGCCCGGCCCGUGGGCAGCUCUGUGCGGCUCAAGUGUGUGGCCAGUGGGCACCCACGGCCCGACAUCACGUGGAUGAAGGACGACCAGGCCUUGACCGGCUUGGAGGCCGGGGAGCACAGGAAGAAGAAGUGGACCCUGAGCCUGAAGAACCUGCGUCCCGAGGACAGUGGCAAGUACACGUGUCGCGUGUCCAACCGCGCAGGAGCCAUCAACGCAACCUACAAGGUGGACGUGAUCCAGCGGACGCGCUCCAAGCCCGUCCUCACGGGCACGCACCCCGUGAACACGACCGUGGACUUUGGGGGCACCACGUCCUUCCAGUGCAAAGUGCGCAGUGACGUGAAGCCGGUGAUCCAGUGGCUGAAGCGCGUGGAGUAUGGCGCCGAGGGCCGCUACAACUCCACCAUCGACGUGGGCGGCCAGAAGUUCGUGGUGCUGCCCACGGGCGACGUGUGGUCGAGGCCCGACGGCUCCUACCUCAACAAGCUGCUCAUCACCCGCGCGCGGCAGGACGACGCUGGCAUGUACAUCUGCCUGGGGGCCAACACCAUGGGCUACAGCUUCCGCAGCGCUUUCCUCACCGUGCUGCCAGACCCCAAGCCGCCAGGGCCCCCCGUGUCCCCCUCGUCCUCGGCCACCAGCUUGCCGUGGCCCGUGGUCAUCGGCAUCCCAGCCGGCGCCGUCUUCAUCCUGGGCACCGUGCUCCUGUGGCUCUGCCAAGCCAAGAAGAAGCCGUGUGCGCCUGGGCCCGCCGCCCCCGUGCCUGCGCACCGCCCGCCCGUGGCCGCCCGCGACCGUGGCGGGGACAAGGACCUCCCCGUGCCAGCCAGCCUCGGCACUGCCCCCGGCCUGGGGCUGUGUGAGGAGCUUGGGCCUCCGGCAGCUCCCCAGCACCUGCUGGGCCCGGGCCCAUCUGCUGGGCCCAGACUUUACCCCAAACUCUACACAGACGUGCACACGCACACGCACACACACACGCACUCACACACACACUCUCACGUGGAGGGCAAGAUCCACCAGCACCAGCACAUCCACUAUCAGUGCUAGACCGUGCGGCCGCGCGGGGCGCCAGGGGGCACGUGGGGGGCCGGGGGCAGAGGGCCGCGGAGACCGUGGAGCCCAGGCAGGGGGCACGGUCAGCCCCCGGGCGCCCUGGAUGACGCACACACGUGUAUGACAUACCUCUGGACACACACACACACACACACACACACCCCCUCAGACUCAGACGCCCUGGGGAAGGUCUGCGUUUGUAACUUCGCAGUGUGCAUGUAGCAGCAGGCUAGUUGAUGAAGGAAUCCCUUGGCUCCUGUGAGGAGGAUUUCGCAGGGGCCGUGGUCAAGCCGCCCCUCCCGCCCCUGGCAGGAGGUCUGAGGGGCACCCCGGCUUUGCAAACCGAAACCCCCCGACCCCUGUCCCGUGCUGGCCUCCGUGUCCCUGCCCGGGCCUCCGCGGGCGGCUGGCUCUGCUUGCCACCCCAGUCUGGGCGUCCAGGAGUCCCCCAGUCCCUUGGGCCGGGAGGUCAGGCAGAGCAGUCCAGACCCCUGUCCUGAGAGGCGGGUGCCGGCUGGGGGCGACCCUGCCCCAUCCAGCCUCCCACUGCCAGAGAGAAGGGCCCUUGAUAUUUAUAUUUAAGAAAUGAAAAUAAUAAUAUUAAUAAUGCUGGAAGGAAGGUGGCACUGCAGACCAGGCCUGUCCUCAGGCCUGGGACGCCCUGGCCUGCUGGCCACCUGGAUGGCCACCUCGGGGCACCCAUCGCCCCACUGCCUGUGGCAGCCCCAGACCUCUGUAAUUUUAUGUAGAGUUUGAGCUGAAGCUUCGUAUACUUAAUUUAUUUUGUUAAACAAGAAAAUGUGCAUCUUCUUCCAUUAA